CUGCGGCACUGAGUCACUCUCCUGAUCCGUGCGCGCUGCGGCUCUCAGGUUCACCGUGUUGCUUUUUUAGGACACAUCCCGGAACUGUGCCGGUGCUGUGCGCAGCUGAGUGACGGGGCAGGGCGGCAGGAGAGGACCGCACCGCGACGGAACACCGACUCGAAUCCAAUCCCGGGAUAUUGACGCGCACACACACAGAGAAAUUAACUGCGGACCAGGAGGAGAGGGAGUGUUUGCCACUAUGGAAGGUUUGAUGCUGCGGCUGGAGCGAGCUGUGACUCGUCUGGAGAAGAUGUCCAUCAACAUGCACCCGACCGCUGGCAUGGCGAAUGGGGACUGCGUCAAUGGCAUUGACGAAGGCCCGUCUCAGAGUGUGGACGCCUUCAACCUGCUGCUCAGCGGCCCAGUGUCAGACUACCUGAGCAAGAGCCGAGCCAUAGGGAGCGAGGUGGAGAAACAUGCGGAGAUGGUGCACGAUGCCCUGCAGACUCAGAAAACUUUCCUCAAAAUGGCUGCCACACACCAGCAACCUGCAAAGACGGAGCUGCACGACCUGAUGAAGCCAAUUUCAGAGCACAUCCAGGAGAUCCAGAACUUCCGGGAACGGAACCGCGGCAGCAGCUUCUUCAACCACCUGUCAGCCGUCAGCGAGAGCAUCCCGGCGCUGGGCUGGGUCGCUGUGUGUCAGAAGCCGGGUCCCUACGUGAAGGAGAUGAACGACGCCGCCACCUUCUACACCAACAGAGUUCUGAAGGACUACAAAGAAACCGACAGACGCCAUGUGGACUGGGUGCGCUCCUACCUGUCGAUCUGGACCGAGAUGCAGUCGUUCAUCAAGCAGCACCACACCACAGGCCUGGAGUGGAGCAAGAUCGGCCCCAUUGCUCCUCCCUCUCUCCUCGACUCCCCCAAGACCCCCGGUGCUCCCUGCCACCUGCCACCUCCCCCUCCUCCCCCCGGCCCACCUCCGGUCUUCACGGACGAGGACCCGCAGCCUCAGGUGGGCAAUGGGGCGGCACCGCACUCGGCUCUGUUUGCUCAGCUCAACCAGGGCAUGGACAUCACCAAAGGUCUGAAGCGUGUGUCAGAAGACCAGAAGACCCACAAGAACCCAAAUCUGCGCUCUCAAGCUGCACCGACCAAAACCAAAUCCUCGGGGGCUGCUGCCUCAUCGAAAGCAGCCGUCCAGAAAAGACUCCCGCUCCUGGAGCUGGAGGGAAAGAAAUGGAGGGUGGAGAACUUUGAGCAGAAACACGACCUGGUGAUUGAGGAGACGGAGCUGAAACAAGUGGCCUACGUCUUCGGUUGCAAUAACUCCACCCUGCAGGUUAAGGGCAAAAUUAACUCCAUCAUCAUAGACAACUGCAAGAAGCUGGGUCUGGUUUUUGAGAAUGUGGUGGGGAUUGUGGAAAUCAUCAACUCCAAUUCAAUCCAGAUACAGGUGUUGGGAACAGUCCCGACUAUUUCCAUCAACAAGACGGAGGGCUGCCAGGUGUACCUCAGCAAGGACUCCCUGAACUGUGAAAUCAUCAGCGCCAAGAGCUCUGAGAUGAACAUCCUGAUUCCUACAGGAGAUGACGAUUAUAGAGAGUUUCCGGUGCCGGAGCAGUUCAAGACCGUUUGGAGCGGCUCCAAGCUGGUGACAGAGCCCACUGAGAUCGCAGGCUGAUCUGAGGCGGCAUCAUCUUCACCACCAUCAAAUUAAAUAAAUGUACACGUAUAUGUCUGUCCCUGUGAACCUAGUGAGCUUCGCUGGCACUGGAACAUACUCUAUCGGUAUAAUCACUUUCGCUGUAAUCGUUACUUCAUGAAAUACUUCUAUCGCACUUUGAAGCUGUUGAUUGUGAUAAAUAAGUAACUAGUGAAAUCAUCACAAUAUCACUUUACCUUAAAUAUCUUCUUUCUGGAUUUACCAUCAUUCUGACUGCAUUGUAUCCACACACAUGGCUGUUUUAUUGUAUAAGAGCUAAACUACAGAUUAGACCGCAGCAGCAAUAACGUUAGUCAACAGGAAUACGCUGGAGUGUGUAACAUGCACAACUUUCAGAGGCCAAGUCAAACAUAGGACUAUGUCUAAGUGCGUUUAAGUCUAUUUUAAUGACCUCUUUAAAUGUGUAACACACACAGUCGUCAAGUCAGUGUUUCAUUUAGUGAAGUUAUAUGGAACAGUGUUCAGUGUAGUUUGCAUUAAAGCCACACAUAGAGGUUUCACUGGUGCAGAGUAACAUCCAGUUAUGAAAAAAUAACCUGAAAUAAAUGUUCAACUGGUCAAAAUAAAUUAAAACAAUAGGCUUCUAAUUUCUCGUGUGCCUUUAAAAUAUAGACAGUAGCAUUUACACUUUAUUAUUAUCUCUGUGUGCAUCACUCUAUUUUGUACUAAGACGUAGUAUAUGGCGUCAGCAUAGGGAAGAUGGUAACCACUAGUGAUUCUCACAAUGUUUAAUUUACAUGGAGACGAUUUGAUGUAAUUGUGGAUCAUUUUUCAAAUAAAUCAAAACUCCCACUUC